AUGCAAGGAUUUGGUACACGUGCUAUUCGAGCUGGCCUGCCACGCGACACCACGACAGGCGCCAUGGUUGAAUCGAUUUGUCUCUCGACAACCUUCGCUCAAGAUCAUGCCGGGGUCCCCGUGGGCCCUUACGUCUAUGGUCGAUCAUCGAAUCCGAACCGGGAAAGCUUUGAGAAAGCUGUUGCUGAACUUGAAUCUGCAAAGUAUGCUUUGGCAUUUUCUUCUGGGAUGACUGCAACAGCCGCAGUCCUUCAAGGACUUGGCACAGACUCGCGAGUAGUCGCCAUGGGCAGCUUGUAUGGUGGGACUCACAGGUAUCUGACCCAUUUAGCCCCGGCAUUUGGCGUCAAGGUAUCAUUCAAUCUCGGGAAAAAAAUUUCAAUUGUGUGGAUCGAGACUCCGAGCAAUCCAACUCUUUCCCUCGUCGACAUCAGAGCCGUGGCUGAUGCAGCUCAUGCUGAAGGGUGUAUCCUCGUGGUUGACAACACCUUGUUAUCACCCUAUUUCCAGAACCCUUUGAGCUUUGGGGCGGACAUUGUCCUCCACUCUGUCACUAAAUAUAUCAAUGGUCACACAGAUGUCUUGAUGGGAGUGGUUGCUUUGAAUUGCCGCGAUACCAAGAAAACACUCUCAUUCAUCCAGAAUGCUGCCGGAAGCGUUCCAAGUCCAUUUGAUUGCUGGCUGGCUCACCGUGGACUGAAAACUCUCCAUCUCCAUGCACCUGCGGCAGCUCGCAGUGCUUUGGCGAUUGCCAAUUUGUUGGAAGAAUCGCCACUUGUCUUGAGUGUCAACUACCCGGGACUUGAUAGCCACCUGCAACGAGCUAUUGCAGUGAAACAACAUCGGGAUGGUCUCGGGGGUGCUAUGGUGUCAUUUCGAAUUCGAGGUGGGCCUGAUGCAGCCGCUAAAUUCUGCGAGAACUCGAAGCUUUUCACAUUGGCAGAAAGCCUGGGAGGAUUGGAAAGCCUCUGUGAAAUACCGGCGGUAAUGACACAUAGCGCGAUGCCAAUCAAUACCCGGGAGGCAGGUGGAAUCCACGACGAUAUGAUUAGGUUGAGUGUUGGGCUGGAGGACACCGACGAUUUGGUGAAUGAUAUUUUGGAAACAUUGGAAGUCACUGCUAGUAGAUCAUGA